AUCGUAAUUGGAAAUAUUUUGAACAACCUAUUAUGAGGUUUUAUACAAGAUGUGUUUAUGCAGCAUUUACAAGAACUAAUGACUCAGAAAUUCCAACUCCAACUGAUAAGGAAUUAGCAUGGAUGCAUACUGAAGGUCCUGAAGUUUGUUGGAUUGUAAAGAAUCCCGAUUUGAGCUUAUCAACUCCCAAUUUAGUUGGUAUAAAUGAUAAUCAAUGUAAACGUCUAUUAGAAUUUCUUAAAAAAAUAAUGAAACUUAAAGAAAAUCAAAGUUUGAUAACAACAAUACGUACCAGUUAUAAUGAAGCAUUUAAUCUUAUUCAUAAUAAUAAUGGUUUUAUAGAACUUCAGCGUAAAAUUCGUGUUGCGGGUAAUUUGGUAAAUUUUUCUGAUCAGGAUGAAAAGAAUCUAUUUAGUAUUUGGAAACAGAGAGAACAAAAAAGGAAAAUUAAUUUAAUGGCAAUUGAAGUGCGUAAUAAAAAACAGGCUGAAAAGAUUAUCAAUCAAAAAAGGCAAUUGAAAAGUUUUGAUUUCUCUCAG